UACAUACUUGUGCCGAGCCAAAAUUAAGAAGAAGAAGAAGAACAUUACAUACUACAUAAUAUGUAGAAUUUAUUGAGCUACCUUGUUAAGUAUUUCAAUUCUAACAACAUGGACGGAAAACUAAAGGAAAAUAAUGGUAAAAAGCGCGUUUUUCAGUUGUCUUUGAAGAAGAAUAGAAAGAACGUGGAUGAAAAACAAAAAAAUAUGGACAGAUGUUCUGAUAUAAUAGUUGUUGACGAGUCUUUUGAUAGAUUAAGAUCCGAAUAUACGAAAAGUAAAAAUAACAAUCAAACUUCCACAUUAAGUUAUUCUCCUAUUCUUAUAAAUGACUCUAGCGAUUCAUUUAGUGAAUUAGCUGAAUCAGAAAAUGAACCGAGUAAAAUGGGCAAUGUAUCUUUCAAUGGUUCCAAAUCAUCUCCGCAGAAAAGCACGAAACAACCGAGUAUAGGAGGCUGGUCUCCUGCCCAAAAUAUUGUAUGUGCCACCCCAAGACACGACCAGCCUUCCACUCCAAAUGAAAUAGCCAAUGAAUCACUAGAUAACUGUUCAUUAAAAACAGUUCAGAAAUCACAGAAGAAACUCCUGAAUGAUCUGUAUGGAGAAGUGUGGAAGUCCAUACCAAGUUUGUUCAAAAGUGUACAUCAUGGGGAAUUCAAUGGUGUGUCGAAGAAAUUGUACUUUGAGGAUGAGGAUGAUGAAAAGGAAAAUAUUAGGCAGGACUUAAAGCAGAACAAGGAGCUAUACCUUACUGGCUCUGAAACGAAAACAAGAUUGGAGAAUAACAGUGAUACAGAAAAGAAAUCCAAAAAGAAAUUGUUCACGGAGAAAAUUAUGAACACACCGGAAGUUCCAAGGAUCAAAAGGAAUAUCAAUUCAACAACUAAGAAAAAUACUAAAAAGGGUCUCUCAGUGACCGAAUUGGUUAUGAGUAUGAAUAAGGAGCUUGAUGUCAUAGAGAAGAGAAUAAAUGAUAUCUCUGUGACUCCCACAGUUCACAGAUUGAGUUUCAUGGCGUCGCUGGCAGAUAACGUUCCAUCGUGGCGCUGUCACCCCGAGGCCCUGCAGUACAAGGAUAAUUAUAAAGCUUUAAAAGAACAAUUGACGAGGCGUUUGUUCGAGGAAUUUAAUCGUGAAGUGUUUGACAACGGCCUGGACGCCGACAUGCCCGUGUGCUGGGACACCAGGCUGCGGAGCACCGCCGGCACAACAACUAAUCGGUUGAUAAAGACGUCGAGCGGCGCGCGGAUACGCGCGUGCAGCGUGAAGCUGAGCCACAAGGUGCUGGACUCCCCGCUGCGGCUGCGCGACACGCUCGUGCACGAGCUGGCGCACGCCGCCGCCUGGACCAUCGACGGACACAUCCGCGCCGGACACGGACCGCUCUGGCAGAAGUGUUUGCUUUUCAUAAAAAAGAUUUGA